AUGGACGCCAAGCGCGAAGAACUCGAAGACACGGACGCCGAGGAGGAAUCGGAGGAUGAGUUGCCAGAGCAGGUGGGAAUGAAUGCGAAUAAAGCAAGAGAAUGUCUCAAGAAGUACCUGUCCGGUCUUUACACCUACAUCAAGCGGGCCCUGGAGGACAAGCCUCCAGACGGCAAAGACUGGGGCUCAACGACUGCGUGGUUCCUAUUCAGCUACCCGACAACAUGGAGCGAUGUUCCCCAACGCAGGUUUCGGGAUAUUGUCAUGGCUUCAAGCUUUGCACAAGAAGCCAACCACUGGGUUAACGCACUGGCGCUUGAUGAAGCCCAGGCUGCUAUGGCCUCCGUCUCUUCUGAGCAAGAAAGAAUGCGCGCUGACGAUGGGAAGAAAGUGCAGCUUCAACCAGCCAAAAAUCCAACCGGAAGGAAGCACGGAUCGGUGUACAUCGACACCAGAGCGACCAAAGUUCUGUAUCCCGCAAUUGAAGAGUCGGUCGCCAACCAUGAGAAGCCUGCCUUCAGCAAGUUGGCACCGGAAGAAAAGGAGAAGCUUGUUGAAUCAAGCAUGGUGAAAGCUCUUCUUGGAGAGCAGUACAUGGAUGCCAAGCACGACUUCAACCUGCAGGAAGCCUCCAAGGAACACAAAUUGAUGAUCACGAUCUACGCCAAUGAUUCCCCGAACGCCGCUUUUGUGAAGGCGGACUUUGAGAUCAACAGGAUAUUGAAGAAAAAUUUCGAAUGGCAAUGCGGGAAGAUAUGGAAGCAGAUUGAGCGACACUUGGAUUAUGAACCUAAUGCGUCUGAGGUGAACUGCCUCGUUCUGACUGGGGGCCUGUCCAACAACAAAUACGUCCAGUCGUUUUUCAGGAAGAAAGUUCAAGAGUCCUCACGAACCUUUGGUGAUGUUGUGACGGCAGAAAAGUCCGAGCUUGCUGUCAGCAAAGGAUUAGUCUUCGAUGCACUCGAAUCUAUUAACCGAGGGGGUCUUUUCCGAUACGAAACUCGGUACUUUUACGGCAUCGCCGCAUACGACUCCAACGGGAAAGUUGAGGUUACGAAAUUUCUGGACAAGGGCAAAGUUGUUGACAUCAAGGGCUUUAGUCGAAAGGAAGAUGUCAAGUUUGAGCUGGUUGAUGGUAGUAUUGCUGAUCUCAAACUUCAAUGGAUGUGGAGCAGCAAGACGAAGACUGCCAGGGUGAAGCUCAGCUGCGAGCGUCGGACACUGACGGUUACUAUCACAGAUGGCAAUGGAACGAAGCACCCGCUAGUUUUCAACGAGGAAUGGCAUGUGGGCACGGCAGUGAGGCCUAGGCCGAAAAGCAAGCGCAAGCGUUUGAAGCAAUACGCGGAUGCUGCUGAGAAAUUUUCAUGGCUUGCUGGGCUGCUCAUCUUCUUCAUUCCAUUUGGAGACGAAGAUGAGGCCACGGAAGCACAGGGGGGUGAGGAAGCUACUGACCAGUAUGUGGAAGUCACCGAUCAGUACGCGGAGGAUGAGGAAUCUGGGGAUCUUGAUUACUAG